GGUCGGCUGCAAGUCCGGCCGGCUCUGCGUGCGACGUGGGCGGCGAGGGGCCGCAGCGUGGCGACCACGGCAAUGGGGUCGAGUCGAGCUCAAGGCGUUGUACCUGCUGUGCUACGACCGCUCCAUGUGCGGCCUGCCUGGCGCAGGCCACAAUCUCAUCAAGUACUGGAUGCUCUUCCUCUUCGACGAGUUCGACGCCGAGCCCAUGACGCCGCAGCGCGGCCAGCGCAUCGGCGAGUCAAGGUUACCUGCACCUCAGUGGGGACAGCAUCACGAGCAGAACGUACAGGGUCUGCCGGCGGCAGAGCUGGCGCAGCAGAGCACAUCCAAGGUCCCGCCGUUCUGGGCUCCGUACCUCGAGCAGCGCGGGUACCCCUUCAGGCUGUGGGUCCAGGACGUGAUGCUGUGGUGCGCGGCGACGGAGCUGCAACAACACCAGCGCGGCCCAGCAAUCGUCCAGCGGCUCGGCGGCACGGCGAGGGACCUCUGCCGCGAGGUGCCGGUCGAGGCCAUCGCUCACGGCAGGUUCGACCAGCUCGGCAACCUGGUCGAGGACGGGGUGCAGAUGCUGAUCACGGGACUCAGGCGGCGCUUCGGCCCGCUCGAUGUCCAGUCCUCGAUCAGCACCAUCGUCGAGCUGCUUACAUUCCGCAGGCAGGAGCGGGAGAGCGUCGACGACGCGAUCACGCGCUUCGAGGCGCUGCGCGCCCGAGUGGCGCAGCUGGACGACCCGCUCGUGCUGCCGACGCCGGUGCUCUCGCUGCUGUUCUUGGAGGCCCUGCAUGUGCCCAAGGCUGUGUACCCCCUGGUGCUGCAGUCCAACGGCGGCCAGCUGCCAUUGACGAUCGACCAGCUGAACAGCGUGAUCGGGAUGGUGCGGCAGCAGGGCCACUUUGCGGAGCACACUCAUGCAGGACCUCAGAACUUGUCCGAAGGGUACCGCGGCAAAGGAUAUCAAGGUCAUCAUUGGUUCACGGGCGAGAAUGACAGCGGCGCCAACACCUGGAACGACACGGCCGCAUACAUGUAUGGUCAGAGCGCAUCCAGCGCGGCAGGGAACGCUGGAUCCGCACCGCAACACUACGUGGUCCAGGACGACGAGGGCUACGACUGUUGCGCCGUCUGCUCGAGCUACUUGUACGAAGACGAGCCCGGGGACGAUGGCUCGAUGACCGACGACGAUGACUUGGACACUUCCCAGUUCACUCAGGAGGAACUACAGGAGUAUUAUGGCGACUCCGAGGGCUGGGACUACGAUACCCUGUUACACGAGUACCUGUUCGCGAAGCGUAGCAACUGGUCUCUUCGUAUGAACAGCGGCAAGGGCGGCAGCAGCUUCGGACGUGGUCGAAGCCACGGCAAGGGAUACCACUUUGGAGGAUCGGUGGUGAACCCAGGCUCGCUGGCAGGAGGAAAAGGUAAGAAGAAGAAGGGCGGCAAGCACUACAUGGCAGGCACGCCCGGCGCCACCAAUCCUCGAGGCAGUGAUGGCCGUACCAUGCGGUGCCACGAGUGCGACUCGGAGACUCACCUCGUGGCCGCCUGCCCCAAGCGCAAGGGCAAGGGCAAGGGCAAGCACUUCAUGUCCUGGAACUCUGGCAGCGCCGCGACGGGGACGCAGCAGGCUGGGGCUCCUGCCGCCGACCCAACGUUGGCCGCCUAUGCGCCUGUGCCCGCGCAGCCGCGGACUGGAGCCUUGUCUGGAGUGCUGCGCUGGUUUACCGAGGACGCCCGGGCGCCCGGCCUGCAGAUCGACGACCUUGACGAGGACACCUGCCGCGAGGCUCUGAGCUGGGAGACCCUUGACAUGCGCGACAACGUCGCGGAGCACGACAUAUUGACGGAGAUCCAGGCCAGCAUGCAGGACCGAGCUGCGGAGGAUCAGCCUCCGGCGACAGCUGGGCGAUCAGCGGCCGUGACCAGCCCGACAUGGUUCCCAUGGUGGCGAGUUGAUCAGUUCGAGAACGCCAGCGGGGAGACCUACUUGGUUCGCACCCGCAUGAAGGACAGGAGCGGCGAGGCUCUGCUGGUGGACCCCGGGAGCCCAGGCAACCUUACUGGCGAUGAGUGGGGUAACAGGAUGGCAGCGCGACAGCAGCAGGCAGGACGUCCACCGCCUGUCCGCACCCCACUCGACCGGGUGCUUGAGGUUGGUGGUGUGGGCUCAGGAUCUCAGCAGGCCACGCACGCUCAUCGCUAUCAACUGGCGCUGCAGGGAGGACAAGCCGCGACCUACGAGGCGCCGGUGCUCCCGAACAGCAGCGUUCCGGCACUGCUCGGGCGAGCAUCGCUGCGGGACCAGCGCAUACUGCUCGACUGCUUCAACAAUCGCAUGUACCGCAUCGGCCCGGGCGGCUACUCCCUGCAGCUGAGCCCAGGAUCAUCGCAGUAUCAUCUGGAAGAGAGCCACGCCGACGGGAACAUCGGGGAGUUCGGGACCCACGAGGACGAUGGCAUUGGCGACCUCGACGACAUCAGAGUCGACAUCCUUGCCUGCAGCAACCGCACCGACUCCCGCAUCCACCAGGACGGCAAGCAAGAAGACCACUACGGCGACGUCAUCCGGCAGCGGGAAGUACAGGGGAGACCGCCAUCGGCAUGGGUGUUCGGCGACUUGCAGAACCUGUGCCAGAACGCGCUGCACGGAUGCGGAUAUGCGGUGGGUCGCAACUGUGAUGUUCACAGAUUCCUCGGGCAGGAGGAUAAGUGGGCGGAUUCCUUGCGCCACCAGCAGCCGGAGCUCGUUUGGAUCAGCCUGGCUCAGCCGGGCACGUCGCGAGGCACUCGCAACGACAAGCGAGCCAAGCGUUUCGAGUGUAAGAUCGCUCGAGCUCAACUUGAAGGGCAUCGCUGCUGCAUCGUCGAGGCGGACGAGGGCAGCGCGGUGUGGGACAUGCCUGACAUCCUGGAGCUGCUGGACGACAGAAGGUGGCACUCAGGAUCUCGGACAGAGGCCUUGAGAGAAGCCGACGAGGAGCAGUCACGAGCUGAGCGACGUCGACCUGGCCGAGUGUCAUUCGCGGACGACGUCGACGAGACAGGCUGCAAGGUGAGCGCGCUGACCGCGAGCUUUCCCACCGAGCAGAGGACGCGCGACAAGGCGCGCAAGGCAGCAGACCCGGAGCGCAAGGUGAAGAAGAGGCCACAGACAGUGGAGCAGGUCUUCGACGACUGCGGCUCCGAUUUCACGAAACUCUACGUGGCGAACGACUACGAGCUGGACGAGGUGUGCUACGGCACCGAGCUCAGGGAGGACCAGCACAUCGAUGAGCAACCGUACACCAUGAUGUCCGAGUUCUUUGGUAUGAUUGGCUCGGAGGCGCACCUGAACGAGAAAGACGAGCAGCAGAACUUCUUCAGCUCAGUCAAGGAUAUGGACACACGCAUGAACCUCUACUACGGCCACCUGCAGCACGACGACGUCGCGGAGUUGUGCGGUGGCGCAUCUGGAACAACCCGGCUACUCGUGCGACGAGGAUAUCGGGGCGGUCCCAACUUCGACCUCAUUUGCGACUGCAACUUGAUGACGCACGAGGGCCAGAGGCAGUUUUGGGAAUAUCUGUAUUAUGGCAAGCCUCUUGUCUUACUCAUUAGCACGCCCUGUACGAGCUUGAAGGGGUUUUCGGCGCUCAACAGGAUCAUCAACUACGACGGUUGGCUUCGCAGUCGCAAGACAUCAGUGGGGCUGGCCCGCACCGCCGCUGCAGCGGCGUGCACUCAGAUGGACGCCGGGCGCCACUUUGUUUCGGAGCAGCCGCUGGGCAGCGACUUCUACAAGCUCGACGACUGGCAAUACAUCGCCAACAACUAUGCGGUGGUGUGGUGCCAAGUCGACCAGUGCAUGGCCGGCAAGAUCGGGCGGCGAACGGGACUACCGAUCAAGAAGUCCUCUGAGUUCUGGGCUUCGGACGAGCGCCUGAUCGCCGGACUCAGGAAGUUUCGCUGCGACGGCCAGCACGAUCACGCUUUGCUGGCCCAUGGUGGCCGAGGACCCCAUCCAGAGCGUGACAAGUGGCGACUAGAGAACCCCAAGGAUCAUGCGGAGUGGGCGAUUGGCAUCUGCCGGGAGCUGGCAGCGAGCAUUUCCCAGAUGGUGGAGCGCGUGAGGUAUCAGGGACACCACCUCGUUGUGUACGAGUGCUACCCCGCGGCCGCUGUCACGGCGGAGCCAGACGAGCCAUCAGGCGGCGCCUCGGGAUCGGCGGACGCCAUCGGCGAGGCACCCGUCGCGGAGCAGCCGGCUGCGGCCCCAGCCGCGCCAGCUCGAGGCGUGGAUGCGGGGACGCAGGCUCGAGGAAGUGACGAGCCAGGCUGGACCGCGUUUGACCUCGGGCACGCGCUUCGACUGCUGCACAGUCCACACCAGGAAGUCGUUCGGCGCCAGCUUCGACGACUUCAUGUUCGAUUUUGGCACGCUCCAGCAGCUCGCCUCAGAGAGCUGCUGACCAAGGCCGGCGCUCCGGCCUCUACGCUGGCCCUGGUGAAGGAGAUCUGCGACACGUGCCGGGUGUGUAGGCUAUGGACGAGACCGGGACCGAAGAGCAUGACGAUCUCUCGGCUCGCGACGGGUUUCAACGAGAUGGUGCAGUGGGACAUCCUCUACAUCGGCGAACAGAUGGUGGCACACAUGAUCGAUGAGGCGACCCGCUGGACGGUGCUGUACAUCCUGGAACGCAAGACAGCGAUCAUGAUUAUCGCCGGCAUUACUCAGGGAUGGCUACGUCCUCAUGGCCCCAUGAAGCUGCUGAUUGCCGACAUCGAGGGCGGUCUCCACGGUGAGGAAGCGUACCAGUGGCUGGACCGCUGGGGCAUUGAGAUGAAGGCCAAGGAGGAGGGCUCGCACGCGCAGCUGGUGGAACGUCAUCACGACCUAGUGCGCAAGAUCAUACACCGCGUGCAGGCCCAGCUUGCGGAAGAAGGCAUUGUGAUGCCGUUGGAGAUCGUGAUCAUGGAGUGUGCCCUCAUCAAGAACCUUCUCAUCACCGUGGCUGGCUACAGCCCGUACCAGGCGGUGUACGGCCGACUUCCGCCCCUGCUCGCCGAGUUCGAGCCGGUGAGCGACUGCCAGAUCGACGAUCAAUCGGCUGGCAUUCCAGGAAUCUCCCGACACCAUCAUCGGCUCCGUGAAGUUGCAAUGCAAGCCAUGGUGGAGAUGACCGCGAAGGACAGGCUGAGGCGCGCACUUCGAUCCAAGACGCGUGCCCCGCACGAGGCGCUGCAGUUGGCGGUCGGCGACCAGGUUGACUUCCACCGGCCGCCGAGCACGAAGGAGGAGUCGGGGUGGCGCGGCCCGGCUACCUUGCUGCAGGUCGGACCUCCAGUGCUCAUUCGAUGGCAGGGCCGAGUAUUUCAAGUGCGACCUCAGGACCUUCGGCGAAGCCUCGUCUACUUCGUGAUGUUCACGAACAACAUCUUCUUUGAGGCAGGAUCGCGCGACCCGGUGGCCACCCUCAUGAGCUACGCGGACCAGCUGGACAGCAAGGUCGUGCGCGUCGGGUGGCUCUUCGACGCCGGGUGGAAGCGGACCGCGGACAGCCAGAAGCUCAGCGAGUUGGUCCUGGCGGUGUUGCACGUUGCCGCCAGUGGCUUCUACCUGGUGGGGUGCAUCGGCGCGCGAGUGGGCAACGGCGUGUCUGUGCUCGAGGGCAUGGUCGGAUGCGACCACAGCUUCCUGUGGUGGUGGCGGCGCGGACGCCCAGAGCUGUCCUGGUACCACGAGGCGUCUGGAUCUGCUCGACUGAAGUUGGCCCCGAUAUUUGGCAAGGAUCACUGGCGGGACGUCAGCUUCGUGCAGUUCAUCAUGACGGACGACGAGUCUGUUCGACAAGCCGAUAUCCGACACGAGCAUUCCAAGCGCAUCCAGACAGACAAGUGCAUCAAUGCCAGUGCCCGACACGAGCAUAUCGAGCGCAUCCAGGCAGACGAGUGCAACAUCGGAUUCAACGAGGCGGAGGAGCGCGAGAGAGAUCGCGAUCACGUGAUGGCCCGGAUCGUGAUCAUGGGGCCCGAGGUGCAGGAGUACCUGUUCGCGAGCUGGCAGCACCUGAAGGAGCAGGCCGCUCUGCCUGCUGUUGACAUCGAGUGCGCUCAGAGCGACUUCUUCUUUGCAGCCCCGGACGCAGAUCAUGUGGCAGAAGCAGCAGAGGAUGAUUCUUCGAAUUCCCGACCCGACUGCGUCGAGAUCGGCAUAGGUGCGCCACUCAUGUACUGGGUGCACCCUGAGGUGGAGCACAUGCGACGACCUGGGUCAGGGGAGAUCUACAUCCUGCGCGUCUACAACACGGGCAAGCGCGAGAUUGUCGUCGAGCGCGAGAUGAACGUGCUCACGCUGGAAGAGGCCCGAGCUCACGAAGUUGAAGUACGGCAGGCCAUGAAGGACGAGCUCCAGCGCUGGGCGGAGUUGAAGGCAUUCCAGCGUUUCCCGAAGGAUCAGGCGACCAACAUCAUCGACUCCCGCUGGGUGCUCAAGUGGAAGGAGAUCGACGGCAAGAAGCAGGUGCGCGCGAGGCUCACGGUGAGAGGCUUCAAGGACAUGCAGUCACCGGAGCUGUCCACCUUUGCGGGUACUACGACACGAUGGGGACAACGACUGGUGAAUCAGGUGACUGCACAGCGCAAGUGGCGAUUAUUCUCAGCGGACAUCAGCCAGGCGUUCUUGCGCGGGCUCACCUUCGAGCAGGUCGCCGCCAUGGACGGCGAGGUCAAGCGGAAGGUACAGUUCACGAUGCCGCCAGGAUCGAUUCCAGUCCUCCGGCAGCUGGAGGGCUACGAGGACUACAGCCCUGUGACAGAGGUGUUGUUGCUCCUGCGCUGCGGCUUCGGUCUGAAGGACGCGCCGAGGCUGUGGCAGGUCAUGUUGAAGCAAGUGCUGGAGAAGACAGGAGGCAAGGCGCUCAUCAGCGACCCGCAGAUCUACGUGUACCACGACGCGAAGGGUGAGCUGCAGAUGAUCAUGUCCUCGCACGUGGACGACCUCAAGGGCGGCGGCGAGGACUACCUGCGGGAGAAGGUACUGAGCAUGAUCGAGAGCGAGUUCGGGAAGCUGAAGCGCCAGUACGACUGCUUUGAGUGCAUCGGCAUCAUGCACGAGCAGGACGCUGUGACCAAGGCCAUCUGGACACAUCAGCAGCACUACGUUCAGCAGCUGCGACCGCUCCAGGAAGACCAGUAUGUGAUGGAGAAUGAAGAUGGCCAGGUGAGCGUGGAGACCCACGCGGCAUACAUGUCGCUGCUCGGGGGAAUCGCAUGGAUGACGCAGACGAUGGCGCCCAUUGCAGUGUACGUCAGCUACCUCCAGCGGCAGGCCAAGAAACCGUCAGUCGGAGACAUCCGGAAGAUCAACAGGCUGCUGAAGUGGAUCAUGGUGAACUCGAAGCAGCUCGGAGUUCGGUUCAUCGAGUUGAACAUGACACGAGUGCGGUUGACCGUCGUCAGUGACUCAGCCUUCCACGCCAUGGAGUUCGAAGGUUUGGCGAUCCGAGGAUGUGUGAUCAUGUUGCUGGAGGCUGACGCCGAGGUGCUUCAAACCGGAUCGACGUACAGAAUUGUGAUGCUUGACUGGUACAGCAGAAAGCAGAACAACGUAGUGAGGUCCACCUACGCCGCCGAGCUGAUGGCGUUGUUGGACGCACUUGGCACCGGCACCCUCAUGAACGUGGCAUUGACCGAGAUCAGUGAAGGAGUACGCACAGCGAAUGAGAUGCGGGUGCGGCAGGAGGCCGGCGACCUAGUAUUGAAGAUGAUCGCGGCCAUCGACGCGAAGGCAGUGUUCGACGCCGUCUCCGCCGCCACCAUCAAGGUGACCACGGACAAGCGCAUGUUCGUGCCGACGCUCGCAGUGCGUGAGCAGAUCGACCGCCUCCAGCUGGCGCAGCCCAGCUGGAUCGACACAGUGGACAUGCUGGCGGACGGGCUGACGAAGGGCGAGCUCGACCGGACGGCCCUCGUGAAGCUGGGCUUCGGCAACGAGUGGCACUUGAGCGGGCUGCAGCCAGUGGCCUUCUCGGUGCGCAGUGUGCUGGAGGGCCGCGCAGAGCGCUC